CCGUGGACACCCAGCUGUACCUGGUGGCUCCCUCGUGCUGCUGCCCCUCGCCUUCUAUCCCUCCAAAGGGAAGAUUCUGCUGUUCCUGGUAACUCUGGUGUCCUUCAUAGUCCCAGCAGCUGUGAUCUACGCCUACGACCUUCCUCCAGGGUCAAUAUCGGCCGGUGCCGAUGAAGUCGAUGUCAUUGGUUAUCAAAAUAUGGUGUACUUUGCGCCGUGGAGCCGUAUGAGUGCCUACAUCGUGGGGAUCUGGACUGGCCACAUCAUCUUUGAACAAGGAUCAAACAAACUUAAAUUGACACCUGUGCAGGUAUUAACUGGCUGGACGGUAGCCGCGUUUCGGCUCUGUCAGUGCUGUUCGGCCUGUGGAGUUACAACCAGCUGCAAACCAACUAUUACUACGACCCUGUAACCCAGGUCCUGUACGGCGGUCUCCACAGGGGUGUUUGGUGCGCCGCCCUGGCUUGGGUGGUGGUGGCUUGUCACUUCGGCUACGGAGGUGUCGUCAACGACUUUCUCUCCCACCCUUCGUGGCAGCCGCUCUCCCGCCUUACGUACAGUAUGUACCUCGUCGCCAUUCCUGUGCAGAUCUUCUGGGCUUACAGCCUUAAAGAACUUACUUACUUUACGCAUAUAGACAAGGUCAUCCAGGCUUGCGGCACAAUCUUCAUAUCCAUCGUCGUGGCUGUGCUGGUCUCGCUCACGGCAGAGGCUCCAGUCUUGGGCCUCGAGAAGCUCAUCUUCAGGCGACCAGGCCGAGGCGAAGACAACCCGAAGGCCACUGCUCUCGCCAACGGAAAACAAGGCCACGACAACCCCGCCUUCUCCGACGAAGGUCCUGCUGAGCUCGAAAAGAAAGAAAUGGUCGAGAUAGAAACACGGCCGAGUGCUGACGCUGAGUCGUCGCUGCAUCAAGACCCCGAAGCAAAGGAAACGACCGAGUUGUAGUUCUCGUUUUAAGUACUAUGUUAUAUCCUUAGGUUAUCCCACAGUCCUUAAGUCAUGUUCUUUUUUUUAUUUGUAAUGUAUAGUAAAUCAGAAGUAAUAAAAUAUUC